AUGCGCGGCCUGACGCAGUUGCCGGUCGAGAUCCUAUGGCGUAUUCUCCUGUACUCGCGCAGCGCCGCACUGCCGUAUGUGUGCCGCCGACUCUAUCUCGUGUACACGCAGUGCCCUUUGUACGUGGUGAGUGAAUUUCUCGUUGGGUGCUGGCUAGACUCGUACGCGCUGCGUUUUACGCACGGCCUGCGUGCAGAUGCCGGCAUCCCUGCUCUGCGGCCCAAGUUUCUGCCGACGUCCUUUCCGCCGUCCGGCAGCGCGAUUGCGCAGCGGCGCGCCGCGACGUGCGACGCUCUGUCGUACUUUGCGCGCUUUGGCGUGUGCACGCCUGCACUGCUAGGCAUUGCGGAGCAGCGCCUGCUGGACAUGCCGCUGUGUGGAAACGUGUGCCAGCUCCAUGGCCUCUUUCCGGCGGACGCGCCGGGGCUGCGGCCCGCGCACCUCGCCUGUCACACGGUCCCCGAGCGCCUCGUGCGCGCCAUUGAGGCGCGGUGUAUGGACGACGAGCUGCGCUCGAUUCCCGAAGCACUGCAUGCACCCCUGCGCACAAUGCUCGCGACUGUCGAGAGCAUGGUUCCCUCGUCGGCGCGCGCGAAGCAAAUGCCGCGCCCUCCGCUCGGCCACCUCGAGCUGCUGCUGCGGCUGAUUCUGGUGCACCGCGCCUCGGCGAACUCUUCCCAAGGCUUCCCUCUUGCGAUGGCCGUGCACCGGCAGAGCACGCCGCUCGUGUGCUUUCUCCUGGCGAGCGGCGCCGAUCCGACGCUCAAGCAAGGCAUUGCGCUGCAGCUUGCCGCCAAAAAAGGGUGGCUCGAAGGCCUCAAGCUGCUUGUCGAGCGCGACGACCAGCUCGAGAGCAAGUGGCGUGCGCACCUGAAUGCCCUCGUGGACGUGCUGAACGAGCUCAGUGCGUUGCGCAACCACGCCGUCCCAUUCCCCCACCCCCGGCGGCCGCCAGCCGGGCGCACAAAACGCCGGCGCCUGAGCGACCGGUGCCAGCUCGAUCUGCAGCACCUCCAGGCGGCGGUGCGGUCGCAGGCAUGGGGCCUUGUCGCGUACAUGAUGCACGGCAAAGGGCUCGUGCCGGACGUCGAGACGCUGCAUCUCAUGGAACUCCAUGGCAUGCCCUAA